CUGAUGUUGUCGCAAAUAGUAUACAUCUCUGACCACGCAGUGCAUUUGGUGGGAGUGGUGUUGUGAAUGUGUUGACAGAAAGUGAAAUUUGGUAUCUUGGAGACAGUAAAUGAAGUUUGACAUGUUUGGGGUUUGAUAAAUAAAUAACAUAGUCUCGCGAGACAUCACGAACAAAUGUCAACAAUAAGCCAAAAUCAGCUUACUUCACGAUAUGAAUUCCAAAUAAAAUAAGUUACUUUUCAGUAUUUAUAGCGUUGGCUCAGGGUAUUAAAAUAAUGGAUAGAUUUGAGUACGCUGAGCCGCUGCUCUCGACCGGUGAGUCGUACGUAACACGGGAAAAAGCUGUCAAGCUGUAUGACGGUGAUACAAAGACAUCAUUCGAAGGAGGUGAACUUGUUCUCACUACUCAUCGCUUGUUGUGGGGAAGACCAGGAGAUAUUCCUCGUGGCAGAACAUGCCUAUCCUUGCCGCUUCGUUAUGUUGUAUUUUCAGAAGAGGAGUCACCAAGUUCAUUUGCAUUCACGAGGAGCAAAAAAAUAGUCCUUCACCUUACGGAACCAAUUCCAGGGAAGAUCCCCGGUCCCGUCGGUAAAAGCAGCUACAAUUAUGUGAAGCUGUCAUUUAAAGAAGGACUGGAACAUGAUUUCUUUCGUUUACUCAGUGAUACAGUUCAGAAGAAAGCUUGGGAAACUCUUUUGCCUAUUCCACCAGCUUCACAGGCACACCAAUCAAAUAUUAAACUACGAACUGGUAUUGUUGGAAUUGAGAGAAGUAUAAGUGAAAAGCAGAAAGCUACUGAUGAAAGUAUCAGUGUUGCCUUCCAAGAUUUGAACAAGUUAAUGGUUAUGGCAAAGGACAUGGUGAAUUUAUCGAAGAAUAUUUCUCAAAAAAUUAGAGAAAAACAAGGCGAUAUCACUGAAGAUGAAACUGUCAGGUUCAAGUCUUAUUUACUUAGCCUGGGCAUAGAUGAUCCUGUUACAAGAAAUGAUUUCCGCAGUGAAAGCCAGUACUUUCAGCAACUUGCUAAACAGUUAUCUGAAAUUUUGGUGGAGCCAAUUACGGAAGUUGGAGGGAUGAUGUCACUAGCAGAUGUAUACUGCCGAGUAAAUCGUGCUAGAGGCCUAGAGCUUUUGUCUCCUGAAGAUCUCAUGCAUGCUUGCAAUAUGUUGGAAAAAUUAAAUCUACCGAUCAGACUGCGCACAUUUGACAGUGGUGUGAAAGUGUUGCAGCUUCAGUCACAUAAUGAUGAAAGUGUUGUUGAGAGGACUCUCAGUGAGUUGGAAGCUCAAGGUUCUCUUACAUCAGAAGAAUUAGCUCAGACAUUGGGAAUAUCUGUCUUGUUAGCUAGGGAGCGACUGCUCACCACUGAGAAAUAUGGGAAAGCAUGUAGAGAUGAGAGCAUAGAAGGCCUGCGGUUUUACCCAAACCUUUUCCUUCAGCGUGAUACAUAAUCCAAUUAUGUAAUUUUGGAACUGGAAGUUGCUGUUCAAUAAAGUUUUUGUUUAUUAUUGUUA